CUUAGUGUUCAUGUGAAGAAGGUACAAAGUCCAUGGGCUUGAAAAUACUGAGGGGGAUUAUUUCACUUGCUCUUUUUCAGAUCAACCAAAGCGUACACGGAGGGUUUUCAGAUGGCUGGAAAGAGCGGGACUUCGCGCGCUCAGCUGCGACUCCCGGCCGAGUUGCCCCAGAGACCGCGACGCCGCCGCGCCCAGGAACCAAUGAGAGCCCCGCUGCCGCCGCCGGCGCCCGUGGUGCUGUCGCUCCUGCUGCUCGGCUCAGCCCAUUAUGCUGCUGGAUUGGAUGUCAAUGACACCUACUCUGGGAAAGGGGAACCAUUUUCUGGGGACCACAGCGCUGACGGAUUGGAAGUUACCCCGAGAAGUGGGAUGUCCUCAGGAAGUGAGAUUUCCCCUGUGAGUGAAACACCUUCUAGCAGGGAACUGUCCUCAGGGAUCGACUAUGACUAUGCAGAAGAGUAUGAUAACGAACCGCAAAUAUCUAGCUAUAUCGUAGAUGAUUCAGUCCGAGUUGAACAGGUAGUUAAGCCCAUGAAAAACAAAACAGAAAGUGAAAAGACUUCAGAUAAACCCAAAAGAAAGAAAAAAGGAGGCAAAAGUGGAAAAAAUAGAAGAAACCGAAAGAAGAAAAAUCCGUGUGAUGCAGAAUUCCAAAAUUUCUGUAUUCAUGGAGAAUGUAAAUACAUAGAACACCUGGAAGCUGUAACAUGCAAAUGCCAUCAGGAUUACUUUGGCGAACGGUGCGGGGAAAAGUCCAUGAAGACUCACAGCAUGGUUGACAGUGAUUUAUCAAAAAUCGCUUUAGCCUCCAUCGCCGCCUUUGUGUCUGCGGUGAGCUUCACGGCCAUUGCCGUCGUCAUCACAAUCCAGCUUCGAAAACGAUACUUCAGGGAAUAUGAAGGAGAAGUUGAAGAGCGAAAGAAACUUCGACAAGAAAAUGGAAACGUGCAAGCCAUAGCGUAACUGAAGAUAAUACUACAGGUAUUGGAUCAGAGUCACUGCCAAGUUACAACCACGAGUGAUGAGUUGGUUCCUCUUUUCGGUGGAUCAUAAAAAGCAGAACCUUUUUUGUUCUGUUGGUUUUAAACUUUCAGUUGUCGCUUUUUAUGCUAAGUUCUUAUUUCUGUACAUAAAGUUGCAUGGAGAUAAAGUAUUUUUUCAAGUUGUAAAUAAUUUAUUUAAUAUUUAAUGGAAGUGUAUUUAUUUUACAGCUUAUUAAA